GGCAGCGUCACGCCCUGUCCACAAAGCCAACCGUGGAGCUUCACAACAUGCGUAGCCCCCAUCACCCCCAGGACCACGAGGAACACAUGGUCACAGUUACAUCGCUAUCAGCUCCUCAACGGGGAUCUUUGGAAGGAUUUACGCAGAAAGCAAGAAGUCGUGACGUCACAUCAACACAUGCAUGACAUCUCGGGUGUCAAGUGAAUCAGCCACGAUGGAUUUCACUCUUCAGUCCUAGUCAUUCUUCCAAGCUCUACGGUCGUCACCAACGUCACUUAACACAAAAGAGACAAGGAGGAUGUGUGUGUUCUCGGCUGCUGCUGCCAACACUACCUAUGACCUUCCAGGUUCACCACUAACGGUGCCACCGUCUGGACCAUCUUCCGACAUCUUUGGAUUUGUGGCGGCUGACCAACCUAACUUCCUGUUUGUGCCGGUGUUUUGGGACAAAGAGGUUAAACACGAGGUUCUUCGAGAUAAUCAAAUCAGGUUUGAGGCUCCAAGGAAUGACAAAGUGCAGGUUGCAGCCACAGUGAGCAAUCAGGUCAAGCUUAAAGCCCUAGAGAAUGACCAGAUCAAGUUAGGGGCCAUAGAGGAAAAUCAGGUCAUGUUUGAGGGCCAGGAGGGACAUGACACAGUAGAUGUUGCGAUAGUGCCAGAAGGUGAGUUACAGCUGCUGUUGUUGGCUCACAUCCCGACGAAGGGAGAGCCAGGCAUGCUGACCGAAGGAAAUUUGGGUGGUCGUAGAUCCUUGGCCACGAGGGAGCAACACGACGUUCUCCCUCGUUCCCCAACACAUUCUUCCUCUGCCUCCUCCUUCGAGUACGUCUUCUUGAAGUCUUCCUCAUUUGACUAUAUUAUUUUUAAUGAAACAGACCACACCAUUAACUGGUAUGGUUAGAGGAUUGGAAUGAGCCAAGAGGUGGAAAAAAUAAAAUAAAUUCAUAGAACAAUUAUGUGUGUGUGUGUAGACACACACAAAA